AUGACUCAGCGUCUACCGCCGUCCAAGGACUCUCCCACCAUCAUCAUUGGGGCAGGCGUCUUUGGCCUCAGCACAUCCAUCCAUCUCGCACAAAGAGGCUACACAAACAUCACAGUCUUUGACAGCACCCCCUAUGAUGAGACGCUGUACUCUUACUUUGAAAGCUGUGACUCUGCAUCCUCCGACAUAAACAAGAUUAUUCGCUCAGCGUAUGGCUCUCAAACCGAAUACCAGCAUCUCAGCACCGAAGCUCUCUCUGCGUGGGCCGCCUGGAACGCAGAACUCAAAAAUCACGAUGGAGAGGGUAUCAAGGGAAUAACUCCCAACAGCUCCCUCUUUAUUCCAAACGGCUACCUCAAUUGCAGCGACUCCACCACCCUCCCCGACUUUGAGAUUGCCACCGUCGAAAACAUGGAGAGGGCUGGAUAUGACAGCACGCAGCUCAUCAACAACAAACAGGCCGAUAUCCAGCUCGCCUCACAAAGGGCCAUCGAAUAUGCUCUUCAGCCAUUCAACAAACAAGUCCUCGGCGUUCUCGACACCACGGGGGGCCACGUCCUUGCCGACAAGGCCUGUAUUUUUGCUCUUCACAAGGCAAAGAAGCUCGGCGUCCGCUUCGUUCUAGACCCUGUACAAGGCAAAUUCACCUCCUUCACACACGACACAGCAUCGGAUUCCACCACCAAGACCGUCACCGGCAUCACCACCGCGGACGAGAAACAUCACGCAGCAUCCAUCAUCGUCAUCUGUUGCGGCGGUUGGACACCGUCGCUUCUACCGUCACUCGACUCACUCUGCGAAACAACCGCUGGUUCUGUCUUUAUGCUCCGCAUCCCGGAAUCAUCGCCCCUUCGCCAGCGUUUCCAUCAUUCUCGUUUCCCCUCGUGGUCGUUUAACAUGCGUGAACAUGGUGCCGACGGAGGCCUUUACGGCUUCCCCAUCGAUGAGCACGGUAUUCUCAAGAUUGGGUACAGAGGAACCAAGUAUACAAACCCUCAGCAGCAGUCCGAUGGACAAGAACGCAGCGUACCCGUGACCAAAUGGAGCGGCAAUCUAGGCGAAACUACAACAUCAGUAAUAAAUCAAGUUCCCGAACAAGCUCACAAAGUGGUCGCCGAAUUCCUGGGUGAAUAUCUCCCCGAGUUGGGCAACGCCGGAAUCCACAUCUCAGAGAGCCGCCUCUGUUGGUACACUGAUUCUUUCGAUAAUCACUACGUUAUCGACAAUGUCCCUGGAUAUGAGGGUCUUGUAUGUGCGACUGGGGGAAGUGGCCAUGCGUUCAAGUUUCUCCCCAGUAUAGGGAAUUGGGUGGUUGAUGUCAUUGAGGGCGUUGGAUUGGAACGACCUGCUAUUAAGGCGUGGAGGUGGAGAUUGUUGAAAGACGGCGACGAGCCUGUUAAUAAGUUGAUGGAGGGUAGUCAGGGGCAUCGAGCACUGAUUAACACUCCAAUGGUGUCUAUUUAA